AUGUUAAGGACACUUAUCAUUUUUGCUUGCGUUUUCAUGCUCACAUCAGCUUCACUGUUGGAACAUCCUUGUCGCGUGCACCGAAUAAAAAGACCAGACUUCCAUUUCAAGAGGAAUUGCUUCUUUUCUCCCGCACAGUGCAUUUUGGAAAAUUUCCCGAAAAGUUCCAAUCUGAUACCAAUGCUUUCAAUAUUUGAGGAUAAGUCACUGACCACAAUUUAUUCGAAAAUGACCCGCUCUAACAACAUGCCUUUUUUUUUUCGGCUCCAGGAAAUAGGACACUAA